AAACAUAAUGCAUUGCACACACGGAAUACCCCACACACGCUACGCGAGAUAGAAAGGAGACAGAAGUACUGCCAACUGCGCCCAUGAAUCACUGAAAGGCCACGAAUUAAAAACAAGAGGACUUGACAUGUAGCUUAGGUUCAAGUGCCAGAAUCUAUGAAUCAGGGCGUUAAUGCAGACUACGGAAGCAUGGGGUAUGUACGAGAGCAGUGAUAUCAGAUAACCUCAUCAAAGCCCAGAACAGGCUGGACAUGGAAGCCUCUGAGUUACCAGGUUGCCUCGUUGACCGGAAAUCCUUCCUCCGAAACAGGAUGAUAUCAUUGGUCCCGAUUGUGCCACUCCCUGGUGAGGCCACGUCCAUGGAGGAUGAUACAGAGCUGGACGAUGACGUGUCAGAGGGCUCUGAGGAUUCUGGGAUUGAGAGCACGUCGUAUCACGCUGCACCGAGACGAAAGAAAAAAAGGCGGGGUGCUUGGCUGGUUGCCAACUUCAAGAAGAAGGGCUGCAUCAAGUUUGUACAGGAUCCCAACUACAAGUCAUGUAUAAGAGUGUGUUUCUGUGGUCGUUCCAAGCGUUACCAUGUAACUUUUUCACAGCAUAAGGAUCCCAUGAACCAUCUGAGAUAUAUCAACGACACGGGUAGCGGCCGGAUGCCUUACCAGGCCCAGCAGGACUUAAAUCAAAACGGGCAGGGCCGAGCCACACCAGAGGGUGCUGAGUCAACGGAGCAUUGGAACGCUAAGGAGCAUUUGGUGGAAGUCCCCACCGAUGCCUUUGGGGAGAUUCACUUCAAUGAGGCUGUCGAUAGAGUGUGUACGUCCAAGUUUGUGCGCCUCUCAGACCACACGGAGAUGAGAUACGUCCUGGACCUGCUGACCAAAUACUGGCGACUGACCAGACCUCAGCUGGUCAUCUCGCUGACCGGUGGGGGGCGGAGUUUCAAACUCAACAAGAAGGACAAAGAGACGUUUAGCCGAGGCGUCAUCAAGGCUGCUUGGACCACGGAUGCCUGGAUCAUCACCAGCGGCUUCAACGCCGGCAUUCCGCAGAUCGUCGGGGAAGCGGUCCAAGCCAGCCACACCAGGGACUGGAUCACGAGCGACAAGAAAAAGUUCUCCUCCAGCAAGCUCAAAUGCAUUGGUCUGGCGCCUUGGGGGUAUGUGGACGGCAGCCAUCAACUCCUCACAAGGAACGGCAGGGGAUCCUACCCAGCCGAGUACAAAGUCAACCCAGUCGUGAUGAAGGGUCGCCCAGUUCCCCUGAACCCAGACCACACCCAUUUUAUCCUCAUUGAUAACGGGUUGAAGGGGGAGCAAGCCUAUGGUGGAGAGAUUGUGAUGAGGUCCAUGAUUGAGGAGGCCUUAGCAGCACCCCAGGAAGAUAACGGCCUUGGCCUGCCGGUAGUUGUUGUGGUUCUUGAGGGAGGCGUGGACACUGUGCUCAACGUGAAGAACGCCGUCUUGCGAGGGAUACCCACUGUGGUCUGUGAUGGGUCUGGCAGGGCUGCAGACAUCAUAGCCUUUGCCCACAACCGAUCAGAAGGAGAAUCAGAGUUGAGAACGUUAAACGACAAGAAUCGUGACAUCCUACGAAGCAAGCUCCACAAUGCCUUCAACAUUGAGCCAGAUUGCGAGCACAUGAACCAGCUCGUUGAAGAUGUCAUCCUCUGCAUCAAAGACAAGAAACUGAUCACAGUUUUUCAUAUCGUCGACUUCAGCGAGAAUUCUGGCCUGGAUCACGCCAUCCUGAUAGCACUGCUCAGAGCACAAGCAAGUACUUCCACAUACAAGCUGGCACUGGCGCUGUCAUGGAACAGGGUAGACGUGGCUGAGCGAAGGAUCUUUGUGGACGAUCAAGACUGGACGCCUGGUAGUCUGGAUCCGUUCAUCAUGCAGUCUCUCAUGCACAACCAGGUAGACUUCUUACGUCUGUUCCUAGAGAAGGGUGUCAUCAUGCAAGACUUCCUAACUGUCUCCAGGCUGCGCCGGCUCUACAACUCGAUAAGCCACCAGCAUUCCCUCCGGUCUUACAUCGCACUGGUUAAUAACACCAAGAUUGCCGCCCCAAUCUUCCUUCAGCACAUUGGCCAUCUGAUCAGGAUCUUAAUGGGCGUUCACCGAAAUGAGCUGUAUGCUCACGACAGGCCGUUCACCUGCCUGAAAAAUGAAAGCAUUGGGCUGAUUGCCCUGUCCAGCUCAUUGGCUGGAAGUCUCCUGACUCAUCAGGCCCAGGAGGUGUACCUCAAGUCCGAGUCGGACUGGAGCGUGACCACGGGAUCCACCACCAAACUCAGCAUGAUAGAGCUGGCCAACCCAGGCCUGCAUUUCAAGGAACCUUUCAGGGAGUUGUUCCUUGCGGCAGUCCUCAUGGGCAGAAUGCAGAUGGCGGAGUUUUUCUGGGAGCGCAUUGAAGAUUCUGUCUGUAGUGGCAUUGUAGCCAGCACCAUCUUGAAGGGGAUGGCAACCCUAUCCAAGGACCCAGAUGAUAUUCUGCAAGCAGAGAAAGAUGCAAGAUACUUUGAGCAGCUAGCCGUUAACGUGAUAGACGAGUGCUACAGAACGGAUGAGAUUUUAGCCGAGAGGUUGAUACGGUGUCCCAACAAGCACUGGGGCGGGAAGAGUGUCCUGACGAUGGCUGCUGAGUCUGAUAGCAAGACCUUUAUUGCUCACUCCUGUGCACAAAGCGUCGUCAAGAAGUCUUGGCUGGGCGGUAUGCGCACCAGCGCCUUGGCCGUGGGCCUGGCCAUCCUCUGCCCCCUCUUCAUCUUCAGGAUCAAGUUUGUCGACUUGGAGUACCCUCGGAAGGGCCGCCCCAGCCGAUACAAGAAGAUGAGCCUGUUCUACAACUCGCCCAUCACCAAGUUUGGCACAUUUGUGCUGUCCUACGUAGCAUUCUUGCUGCUCUACAGCUAUGUCAUGCUGGCGACCUUUGACCCCUCUCCCUCCAUCGCUGAGUGCGUUUUGUUUGGCUGGAUAUUCACCAUGAUCAUCGAGGAAGUACGACAGUCAUUCAUCCCAUCAGGGCAUGAAACCAUUAAGCAGCAUUUCCGCGAGUGGUCCAAAAGUGAGUGGAACAUCUUGGACACCAUCUCCAUCCUGGUGGCCCUGCUGGCGUUCACCCUUCACUGGUUCCCAGUAGCCAUUGAGUGGUCCAAGGCCUUCUACGCCAUCAACUGCUUCUUCUACUACUCCCGACUCCUGCGGCUGUUCUCGGUCAGCGAGAAGCUGGGGCCCAAGAUGGUCAUGAUCAGGAAAAUGGUGUUUGAGAUGGUGUUGUUCCUGUGCAUCUUGCUGGUGUUCCUGCUGGGUUACGGCGUGGCCAGUAACGUCUUGCUCUACCCCCACCAGGAGUUCAGCUUGGAAGCCAUCAGGAACACCGUCUACAUGCCUUACUUUCAGAUCUACGGGGAGCUCUUCCUUGACACCAUCGUUGCUGAUGGCCUGUCAAGCAGCUGCGAUCCACAAGACACCACCUGCCCUCGCCAACAUUCCCUCCUACCCAUCAUGCUUGGUGCUUAUCUCUUGCUUGGCAACGUUUUGCUCCUGAACCUACUCAUUGCCAUAUUUAGCUCAAUUUUUGACGAGGUCCAGACCAACUCGCUUGAAGUCUGGAAGUUUGAGCUGUACUUCCUGAUGGUGGAGUUUGAGGACCGGCCGGCCCUGCCCCCGCCCUUCAUCAUCUUGGAACACGCCUACCAGAUCCUACGCUGGACCUGGCGGAAGAUGUGCCUCAAGUGCUGCAAGAAAGACCGUCACAGAGUGCACUAUCUUAACAAGAAGACGAAGCAGGCACUGCGAGCAUUUGAGAAAGAAUGCGCCGCUAACUACCGACGAAGAAAGAACGAAGAGAAGAACAUUCAGACCCCGGAACGUCUGAAUCAGCUUGAGAGAAGACUGAAAGACCUGGACAGACAGGCAGAGAGGACCAAGGAAGACCUUCAGAAGAGACUGCAGCAGAUCCAGCAACAUCUGGAAGACCUCCACAUCUCCAACCCUACACCAGCCCCGGGAAACUCCAGCGGUGCUAAAAAAGGACGGGGUGCCCUAACCCCAAUCUCGGAAGAGGCAGAAGCAGGAAAUGACCGUGACCAAUCGCAGCCAUUAAGCCAGUCCGAUACCGCCGAGGCCAGGCGCUACUCUGGCACCCGCCAGCUCAUGAUGGACCUGGAGAGGCAGCGCAGCGUCAGUGCCUUCUCGCUGCAACCUGAAGACAUCAAGCAGCGAGAAAUGUCCCUACUUUGCCAACUGAACGAGGAGAUGGUCCAAACGGCGCCCUCGGCCUUCCACUUGGGGUUGGUGGAGGGCAGCGAGAGUGAGAGCUCCAAGCAGGGCAGGAGCAAGAGAUUCACCAAUUGGAAGGCUGAGGCGCAACCAGACUUGGAGGAGAACUGGUCCCUGUCCAAAGGACAACGGUAGAAGUAACCAUCAUCGCACUUCGUCCCUGUAGUCUUAGCAGAGCUUGUCAAGGCAGAAGUAGAACUACCUUGGCACUUAUUGGGGGAGUGAACCAAUGGCAUAGGAUAUUAAAAACAGUGUGAACACCAUUUUACUUCGGGCUGCGCCAUUCAGAUUUGUGCACAGAUUAAAAUAUGUACUUGCAAAUGUCCGCUUUUCAGGUUCAUUCCGAGAAGCUUUUCAUGUUUAUUCCAAGAGGUAUGUUAAGUUUGCAUUAAGUGGGUCACGGACGAUCAAAACAUUUGUAAUCAACUUUGGGGUGAUAAAAAUAUUGUGAAUAUAAAGUCAGUAAGGUUUUUUUUUUUUUUGCACUGCCAAACAAAAAAGUAUUCAGGAAUGAAAAUCUUCCUGUUUAAACAGGAAUUCCUGUUUUUUGUUGCCCAGAUUUCCGCAUUAAGCCUGUUUUUUGGGGGUGGCCUAAUUGCACAUAUUUUUUCCUGUUCUUUGCACAAGCUUUUUGUUUUUUCAUUGAAAUUGUUUCUCGUACCUGAGUAUUUGGAAAACAAAUAUGGCUUUGAAAAAGUUUUUUUUGUAAAUUGAUGAAAUAGAGGUUUUUAAAAUUGAUGCUCAGUGGUGCAUUUUCCUGUAUCUUUAAAGCGGUAACACUUUUUAAAAAUAAAACUGGAAGCAAUAAAUGAAAAAAACCAAGGCCUAAUUUCAUUACCCUGCUAACCACAGAAUUCCGGGCUUACACACACCAUGUUCUGCUAACAGCGCUAGCAGUAAAUUCUGUGCUAACUCAGUAAGCACAGAAUCCUUGAGGCACAAGAUGUAUGCAUGUGCAGAAGUAGAAAUUCCUCGCUAACCCAUGAAAUGCUUACCGUAAGCACAGAAUUGUCUACUACAGUAAGCAGGGAUUUUUCGCUAACGGUAAGCAGGGUUAUGAAAUUGGGCCCAGUAAGUGGUUGACGAGCUCUGAAAUAGGUACCAUGAACUACAUGUAUAUGGGAAGGAUUAGCAAAUAUGGUAUUAACGAUGUCAACACACAUCCCAUUCAUGUUUGUUUAGUCCACGUUACCAUGUACAUUGUACGAUAGCUUUGAGAUGUGUAGUAUACUCUUUUUAUAUCCAUUUUAUAUCUGUUGCAAUUCCAUAAAUCAAAAGAAUUAUGCAAUAUUCCACUAGUAGGGUACAGCAAUACAUUUGUACAAUCAUGUUCUUCCUGGAAUUUAUGCCAUUGUGUAUUUUAUCACAAAGCAUUUUUAGACAGUGUUACAUUGAUGGAGGCAUUGUUUCUGCAAUAAUGUUAAAAUAAUUGGUCUUUUAUAGCGACAAUAUUUUUUUAUUAAUGUCUGAAAUAAUCUCAGGAAGGAACAUUGCAUUUUUAACAUAUUUACUUUAAUUCAACAGAGCACCGGAGCGGCAAUCCGGAGGUCACAACUUCAAACCCAGCUCCAGUCAAUUUCUUUGUUCAACUUUAAAAAAAAAUAAUCUUUAUUUUUGUUAACAAACUGGUUAACGGUUAAAGCAUCUUCUGUGUAUCGAGGGAUUCCACUUCAUGGUUAUUUAAAAAGAUCGUAGUCUUUCUUAUAGGUGGAUGAUGAUGCUUGAUUAUUGUAGCUGUGGCCUUAUCUAAACGUAUGGCUUCCAUAUUGCCAGUUGCCUUUUUGCCAGGGAAAAGUUGGUAUAUUGUAUAUAUUUUUUUACAUGCCUCCUUACCGUAUUUUUUGUACAUCUUGUUUUUAAGCAUUGAGGAAGUUUUUAAGAAGUUAUUGAGUGUUUCUAAAAACUUAAAUUUUUAUAUCUAAAACUGGUCUGAUUAUAGGCUGUGCAUUUUAUUGCACACAAACAGAACUGUCUUGUGCUUUGAAUUAUUAUAUUCCAAGCCCAACUUAUUUUUAACAACAUUUUGCCGCCAUUUGCAAGAGAAACUCGCAGUCUACUUGGCUUCAAUUUUAUGUUGCCGAAACUAGAGUAUUUAAUCUCAGGAUGUUCGUAUUUUGCACAUAAUCUAUUUUGCAGAAGAUUUGUAAAAAAAAACAUUCCCAUUGAAGAAACAUACAUGUAUAUUGUUAUACCUCUGUCUUGAAUACUGUAUUUUAAUACUGUAUUUUCAUUGGCCUAGAUUGAUCAAGUGUUAAGUUUAUAAACAGUCAUGGCACAUUCCCUCCAUGUGCCAUGACAUUUUACGUACGUACGGUACGCACGGUGUGAAACGCUUGUAUCGUUGGUACCCACGCUAGUUUCACCCUGUUUUCACACAUGAGUGGGAGCAGCGAAUUAGCAGACGAUCAGCGUUUCGAGAACGAACGUGACAUGCAUGUGAGUUGACGUUCGAUUCAAUGUCAUGAUUGUUAUGUUUACCGCUGUUUAUUUUCGUGAUUUUUACCUCAAAAUCCAAAGAAUCCAAGACAGAGGUAUAACAAAAAAAUUGUUGACUGCUGUGAUGUGGGAUAUGUCGUUUUGAACACCCAUAGGGGCACAUAUUCGCCUCGGAUGCUUUGCGCCCCUCGAGUGUUCAAAACGUCAUAUUCCACAUCACAGCAGUCCACAAUUGUUAAAUAUCUGAAUAUGUCUACUUUUCUGCUCGUUUUACAGUCGAAUUUUUUAUUUGUGUAUUUUUGUGCAAACGGUAAACCUUUUUUGUAUAAGAGGAGUUUAAAUCACGGCCGUGUGUUGCAGUGCCUGCACUGAGUCGUAGAUUCAGUAAUAACAUGUUUUAUUACUUGACACUUUCGCCCCUGAAUAAAAUACAUUUAUCCCAAGCCAA